AUGAUCACAAAGCUUAAAAAAAUGGACCUCAUAGUGCAAUAUAUUGGGUUAAAAAAUGAAGAUGGUUCAGUUAAAACUGAAAAAUGGAUAUAAAACACAAAAUAUAUAGGGGAUUGGAACAAUAAUAAGAAAAACGGUUUCGGAAUAUAGUUUUAUGGAAAUGGUGAUAAAUAUGAAGGAGGUUGGUAAAACAAUCUAAGAAGUGGAUAAGGUACGCAUUGGAUAUCUGAAGGAAAAAACAAGCUACGCCGAGAAUAUACUGGAGAUUGGAUAGACGAUAAAAAAACCGGAAAAGGAACAAUGUUUUAUGCAAAUGGAGAUAGAUAUGAUGGUUUAUGGUUAGAUGAUAAACCCCAUAAUGAAGGUAGAAUGAUAUAUUCGAACGGAGAUGUAUAUGAAGGCUAAUGGUUUAUAGGAAAAAGAAGCGGGUAUGGGGUUAUGACGAAAAGAAAUGGGGACCAUUUUGAAGGUCAUUGGGUAAAUGAUAAAAGAGAAGGACAAGGAUCAUAUUUUUUUUCGUCAAAAAAUUAAGUUUUUGUAGGAGAAUGGGUUGAUGAUAUGCCUAAAACGGGAAUUUAUUCGGAAGUAGAAGACCCUUAUUAAAUAAAAGUUGAAAGAGAAAAACAUUUCACAGAUGCAUAUGUUUUACCAAAUAUUCCUGAUAUAAAAUUAAAAAAUCCUACUUAAGUAUUAUAAGAUGCAAUGGAAAAUGUGAGGAAACAAAGAACUAUUUAUAGAGCGAAGUUUAUUCCAAUUGAUGAACUUUAUACUGAAGAAGAAUUAAUAGAAUUAUAAAAAGAAUAUAUGGCGGCUUGUGAUGAUAAUAAGAAAAUUAGUAUUUUAGCUUUAUAGGCGAUUUUAGUUAAUAUGGAUUUCAAUUUAAAUGAGUAAGAUAUUUAAGAUUAUUUAUCGAAAUUAAACCCAGGAUAAACUUUCGAUAGUAUUGAUUAUGAAACUUUUGCGAGAAUUAUUGCGAUUAUUUUGGAAGAUGCAAGUGAUUAAAAUAAAUAAGAUAAGGUUCAAGAAGAGGGAAGUGAAAAUAAUAAUUAAAACUAGUAUUAUGAAGAAGAAUAUGAGGAAUAGUAAGGAUAUUAAGAUUAUAAUUGA